AUGGUCGAAAUCACAACGCUCGACCAGGACAGUAGUAGACUCGACUUGAUGCGCAUUGGCAGCGCAGCGGCAGAGGAUGUGUUCGCCUGCAUGACUAGAUUGGCCACUAGCCUAUUCCAAGACGGCCCUCCACUUCUCAAGCCUGUGCACGCCUUUGUGUUCUCCUUACGCCAAAGUUCUCUCCCACCGGCUUCAGCACCAUCUCCGCCAUUGCUGACCAUUCUCUCUCACGAUUACGAUGCUCCAGACCCGACCAUCUUCCUCCGACGCCUUCCAGGGCUCAUCCCAACAAUACUCGCAGGCGCCACGUUUGGUGCACUCCUCGAACAGCAUCCAUACGCGUUUCAGUCGACGCCGAAUCUGCGGAAAGAUGCUAGGACUGCCUCAACUCCCUCCACAUCUCUUGGAGUACAUCACAAGCACGCGCACAGCACACAAUCUGCUUCUGCAUCAUCCACGACUUCGUCGGACGUGUCCACGCAGCCGUCGGCGAAAGACGACUCCGUCAUGGGCUCGCGGAAUGGAUCUCUGAUCAACAUCUCUUCAAACAUGCCCGACCUAACACUCGGCACAUUCGACACACAAGCAAAGUCAUCUCCUGAUCGGUAUCGCCGUCCGGCUCAGAAACGUGCCGAGUCUACGCAGACCACUCCAAAGACGACCCAACAAGCAGUCGCCACCCCAUUGGUGCCGGAAUCAGGUAACGCAGUGCAAAAGACGCCAGCAGUGACUCGUACGGAGAGUAAUGAAGACAUGGCAUCGACAAAGUCCGCAGCCGCUAAGAGAUAUCGACGUCGCAGUCUGAACGUGUCCAACUUGGAUACACAAUCCGCCACGGGAGCUCAGCGUCCUUCAUCUGGUCAUGGAUCCAGUUCAACAUCAACGACCGGCACUAUCCGCCCCGUUUCCUACCAUCAGCGUAGCGGGAGUGAUGAGAGCCAGCAAUCACACAGGAGAAAAGGCUCGGUUACACAACAGGAGGCCGCCAAGCCUGUACAAACUGGGCUUCGACCACCGGAGUCCAGAACCAAUGGUCCCUCCCGCAACACCUCUGAGAGUACUAUUCGCGGUAGAGCCCCAUCACCGCUGUCCAAGGAGAAUGUCGACACGACAUCACAAACACCAGCACCGGCGUACGCAACACCCAUGCCCGGUAGGCCGAAGACGUAUGCAGCGGCAGCUCAAGCAGCAGUUCCCACCGUCUCUCCCGCAGCGCAACAACUUGCCGCUGUAUCCAACAAUGACCUCAAUAAAGGCAUGAAGUCUCGACUACGCCGCGCCUUCUCGUUCGGGAGUGCCCAGGAGCUGCGGCGGGGCGCCGCGGAAAACAGCAGCCCUGUCGCCGUUGUCCAGGGGCUGACGGCCAGAGAGCAACAGCAGCAGAACAUCGACGACGAGUUGGACGCUGAGCAGCAGGAAAUCGCGAGGCGACAGGAGGAAGCUGGAAUCGGUGCGGGCAUCUAUUCAGGUCAAGGCGGCUUCACUGGGUCGACGGACAACCUCUCCAUAUCUUCGACCGCUUCGUCAGCAUCGAUGAUGCUGCGUAAGAUGGGUCGAGGAGCGAAGAAGAGUGCUAGAAGCAUCAAGGGACUCUUCCGACCCAAGUCUGUCAUUGGCGUGCCUGCCGCUGAUGGGCCCUACCAGGCUCCUGUGGGCGCCAUUGUGCAGCCGAGCGUGGCGCAGGUUUCAAUGGUGACCGUGGAAGCCGAGAGACAGAAAGUCAACGUCAACGAGCAUCCAUCGGACAAGCAUGGCAUCACUGGCUUCCCUAAGCUGGAGCGCAACUCGAUCGAUGCUGCCAACGGUAUCAAUCCUCAACGCGGCUCUGCCGAAGGAUCGACCAAUUCACGCCGCAGCAUUGUCGGCAGUGACAGGGAUCGAGCCGAAGUUCUUGCCGCUGUCAAGAAGGGCAUCCUCAAGCGUAGCGGCACAAAUUCGCCAAACGGCUCUCCUGUCAUCAGGCCGCACGACGGACCCACAGACAGUCCGGCGUCGAGCCAGCCCAGCACGCCGAAGGAUGUCGAAAGCCGCGCCGGCUCGAUGAAGAACGUCAAAAAUGACUACUUCUCUGCACGUCUCGCAGCGCCCGUCACUAGAAGCAUGCCUGUCACACCCAAUGGCACGGCUCGGAACAUUUCUUUCAGCCCACGGAUCCAGUUCCACGAUGCUUGGUCUGCCAGCGAGUACGAUCGUCGCGGUGAGAUUGCCACAUGCAACCGCCUGACACCUAUGCUUGCUCAGCAGAUCAAGGAGGAGCUCAACACGUUCAAAAUGGAGAUGGAAGUUCACGAAAUGAGCAAACCGCAUACACAUUUCUUCUAA